CCAAAUCCAUAGCCAGGCGCUAAUUAACAAUAUGAACGUGCCCCCGGAGAUAUAAGCAGAAUUUAUAUCACGGUGCAAGGAGAUUGGCCUGCGUGAUUUGUGGGUUGCUUGGCGGAUGAUUGGGGCAUUCCUUUUUUUUUUCUUAUUUUGCUAGAUAUAUAUACUCUGCGUUGGGGAGGAUCUUGUCCCUCGCCGCGCAUUUAUCUGUUUGGAUUGAACUGUGAUAAAAAAGCUGUACACGGGUGCCGACUCUCGUUCCCGCCCAAGACGAGUUGACUCCCGGCCGCAUCAUACCUUGGCAUCGCCCAGAACGACUCGCAACUGUUGCAAAACGAACGCAAUCUCAUCGCCCCCUCGGAGAAACAACCCGUCAUGUCCUUCCGCAACCAACUAUCAGAUCCUCCCAAACCACAGCUAAAUCUUAUACCGACCGAUCUCUUCUUUACGCCCACCAGGUCAAACAUUGGCUUCAUCGCCAAGGUCACUAUUCAAAAUCCUGGUAAACGUGCCAUUGGAUAUAAACUCAAGACGAAUGCACCGGCGCGGUACUCGGUGAAGCCAGUUUUGGGCGUCUUGGUCGGUGGAGGAUCUGUCGAUGUUUUGGUGAGGAGUGAAUCGGAGAUCCAGCUCAAUGAUCGGUUUCUUUUACAAACAGUACAUUUGUCCGAUGAGGAGACCAAAGGAUUGGAUGCAGCAAAGUGGCGAACCCUGGACCGCCGACGGUUAGUUGAGACCUUUAUCGACUGCAAACGUGUCUCCGAUCCUAUACAAAUCAAACACCCCUCACCCUCCACCACCACGGCAUCUUCCCCUACAAUUGCCUCGCCGCAACAUCCAUCACAAUCGCUCACCAAACAGGACACCGUCCGAGUGACCCCACUGGAUGUUGUAGUCUUCACAUGCCUGUGCCUUGUUUUGGGCAUCAUGAUGCCCUAUCGGAGCUUGCUGGGGCUAGUAGAAAUUGUCUCUUUCUAAGUGUUUGUGAACUAUUCCCUAAAGUCUGAUGUGAAAGGCGGUAGGAACCUUUGGCUCUGGCGUGAAAGAUCUCCUAGUUUUCUUGUUUCGUGUAAAUGUAUUUUUUGCGCUCGUUCGCAUCCUCUUGUCUUGGAUGCAAUUUGAUUUUUACGGUAAAAAAACAGAAGCCUUCAGCAA